AUGAAUCCAUUGAAUAAAAUUAUAUUCCUAUCUGCGUUUCUUGCUUCCGGAUUCCUAUUAAUAUUACUAUCAUGUGCCUUAUAUAGUAACUACAAGCCACUUUGGGUUAUCGCCAUAUUCUUGUCCGCACCUUUGCCAAACAUACUAGCAAAUGCUAUAGAAAAUUCUAGAGAUAACAACUUUCUCACAUUCAACGACUACGGAACCUCAAAUGAAGGUAAUGCAAGUCCUUUGCAGGAGUUUGCCAGAUUUACAACGGGUGUUUUAAUCAUCAGUGGUAUUGCGUUGCCCUGGAGUUUGUACCAUUGUUAUUUAAUUGGCUUAGAGUCAUUCAUACUAAGUGUCACAGGAGGUUUAAUUGUAUAUUCAGACAUAAUCAUAUUCAUCUGGUUCUUUAAUAAUGAAGAAGAGGAAAAUGACGAUUUCAACUUUUGA